CGUGUGCUUUGGGGUCAAGGAGCCCUCCGGCCUCCUGCUCAGUGGCCUAGAAGAUAUGGCUGUGAUGACUGUGAUGGAGUCAGUGCUACGAGGCCCUGCCAAGGCAUUAGGGGCAGCUAAUCCAGGUUGCUGUCUGGAAGACUUUGUGAGGUGGUACUCACCCCGGGAUUACAUUGAAGAGGAAGUGAUUGAUGAAAAGGGAAACACGAUUCUGAAAGGAGAACUGAGUGCCCGAAUGAAGAUUCCAAGCAACAUGUGGGUGGAAGCCUGGGAAACAGCUAAGCCAGUUCCUGCCAGAAGGCAAAGGAGACUCUUUGAUGAUACGCGGGAAGCAGAAAAGGCAGCUGCAUUGAUCAUUGAUCUGAGUCUGUGCCUCCUCCAGGUGCUGCACUAUCUGGCAAUGCAGAAACCUGCAGACCUCGCUCGGCACCUGCUACCUUGUGUAAUUCAUGCAGCCGUCCUCAAGGUAAAGGAAGAAGAAAGUCUGGAAAACAUUUCUUCCGUUAAGAAGAUUAUCAAGCAGAUAAUAUCCCAUUCCAGCAAAGUCCUGCACUUUCCCAACCCGGAAGACAAGAAACUAGAAGAAAUCAUCCAUCAAAUUACUAAUGUGGAAGCCCUAAUUGCUAGAGCCCGCUCACUGAAAGCCAAGUUUGGAACUGAGAAAUGUGAACAAGAGGAGGAAAAGGAAGAUCUCGAAAGGCUGCAGCCAUGGCUCCACCUGAGGAGGAACUGAAGAGAAUGGGCUCUGCAGAGGAGAGAAGGCAGAACUUGGUGUCAGACUUCCCACCCCCUGCUGGCCGGGAACUCAUUCUGCGCACCACCGUGCCCCGCCCCGCCCCCUACUCCCGAGCUCUGCCUCAGCGCAUGUACAGUGUUCUCACCAAAGAGGAUUUCCGACUGGCAGGUGCUUUUUCAUCAGAUACCUCCUUCUUCUAGUUCUUCCUGGGCCACCCCAUUGUGACUUCAAAGCCAGUGCUGACCCCUUCUGUGGGAAGGAGGUUGUGCUGGUCGGAACCUGGGAGGCAUGAAGAGGGCCUGUCCAGUUGAAUGAUCAAGCGUCGUACUGGCAUCUGAAAGACUUUCUGGUGCCAAGCUUGGGAAGGGUAGUAGCUUGUGGGGUCCGAGGUCGUGGGCUUGAACUAUUGAAAGAUUUCUUCCCCAAAGAGAUGGCCCUUGGGGUGGGGUUGGGGACCAAAAAAUGCAGGAGCUCUCUGUACUCACUCUGUUGUGUUCAAGAUUGUGUUCAUUUAUUCUUUCUGUGACUGUCCCUUAGGCUGUUGCCUUGCAUUUAUAGUCUGUGCAAACACUUCUUAUUUUUAUUAGUAUCAAGUAUGCAAAGUAGAGAAUCUGUUAACUCAGAUUUCUGGGUGUUUGGGAGGUAGAAUCUAUUCCCAGAAUCUGUGUUUUUAAUAUAUUAAAUGGCAUUCUGUUUAUUCAA